AUUGUUGCUGUGAAGCAUUGAAACCGGUGUUUGCUAGUUUCAGCACAUUUGACAGUUUGUAUCUUUUCAUUUUUCUGUUUGCGUGUGUUAUUUUCUGAAUGUGUAAAGUGCCAAAAGCUGCACAUGGGCGAUAUUUUCAAAGGACAUGUUUCAUUCUUGCUAAGUUUUCGUUUAAUUAAGCUAAUCACGGUAAGCACUUGUAACCAUUUUCACACUACCAAUUAUGCAACAAAGACGAACCUUUGUAAAACGUAGUUUUUAUCGAGUGGCACUGCUAACGCUGGCAGUAUGACAGAAAGAGAUAACGAAGACAAACUGAAGCGAAGGUUAUCGUUGUCUAAAAGUAAGAAGAAAGACUGUGUCAAAGGUGGGACUUCGGCAAGUACAGCGACCAAAACUCCAAUCACGUCGUUCUUCAGCAGCAAGCCUCCACCUAAACUGGCGUGUCCCCUGUGUGGCCAGUUAGUACCAAGAUUCAGGAUCAAUGAGCACAUUGAUCUGCAGUGCCAGAACUUUGAAAGGAGAGACAGCCUUGUCGCCUCAGGAAGUAGCAGUGUAAAACCAAACACCCACCUGUCACCGAAAACCAAUCUCCCCAAGUCCCCAGAGCUGGAUCAAAAACUGGAAGAGGUGGAGAAAGAGACGAACACUAGCCCAUAUUUUAAGAAGAAUAACUUUCAGCAGGCACCACGGAAGAUAAACAGCAAGACUGUGGUCAGGACUAUUGACCUUGGAAGUCUGUCCUCCAAGUUAUCCAGAAAAUAUCAGAAUACACCUGAGUCGAAACACAUAGAGGAUAUAAAUGUAACCAAGAAGACAGAUCCUUCUGAGACUAUCAGUAGCUCCCAGAAGGAAAAUGUACACAUUCAGAUAUCAGAGGACAAAAAAGAGUGUGUUAAGGAUAUAAUGGUCAGUGUGGACACUCCAACAUCAUUGGAAGAUGCAUCAACUUCUAAAAAUGGACAUAAUCCUGAGCUCAAAGCAUCUAAAUCAAGUACUACCCCAACAAUGGUUUCUACAAAAUUGCAAUCAUCUCCCUUCAAAGUAGCCAAAAGAAAAAAUGAAAUGACUUCCAGUGUUAGCUCAUUUGACAUUCAAAAGAAAGCUAAGUAUAAGGAGAGUGGUAGAAAACUGAAGGAAAUGUCUUCUGAGAUAACUCAAACUGACUGGCAUAAAAGUGAGGUAUCCUCAAAUUGGGAUCCAUCUUUGAGUUCAGAGGAGUCAUAUGCAAGAAGAGUUGCAGGUAUUAGUGGUGACUCAGUUCCCGAGUCUUCUGCUGAGAGCUCUAAGCCCUCAUCGCUUCCUUACUAUCUUCGUAACUUCAGAACUGUACUGCAUGCUGUGCUGGAGAAUGAAGAUGACAAGGAGUUGUUCAACCAGGAUGAUAUGUCACUGGUAGAUGCAUUUGACAAGCUAUCAGUAAAAGGUCAGAAGCUGUAUGUCAGGCUUUUCCAAAGAAAACUGAAAUGGCUCCAAGUAAAUAAACUGGAUUAUGACGAGAUUUGCAAAGAUCUAGGACCUGUUGCACAGGAACUGGUUCAUAGUGGUUUUCUGCAGACAGAGAAUGAUCUUGAGGAUCUUGGGGAAGCGCUAGAUCUCCUACCUGCUCCGGAGCUAAAGGCUCUAGCCAAGACUUUCCAUCUGGGCAGUUCUGGGACUCAAAAGCAGCAGUUGGUGGACGGGCUUCUCCGCCUGAGCAAGCAAAAGUCUUUCUUCUCUCUGUCCUCUGCUCAAAACAACAUUGGAAUAGUUAUCCUCAAACGAGCGAAGCAGUUUGCAGGUUCCUGUGUGCGCCUGUCUCGUGCCCCUAGAGCCGUGUUUUCCCGCAUCCUUCUGCUGUUUUCUUUGACGGACACCAUGGAUGAGGAGGAGAUGGGAGCUGGAGGACAGAACCAGCUCUUUACUAUCCUACUGGUAAACUCAGGACGUCUUGCUUUCCCAGACUACACAGUCCAUCGAGUGGCCAAGGUGUUUCAGGAUAGAGAGGAUCUUAUCAGAUAUGAAGCUUCCAUGAGAGCCCUUCUAGAGGUUACCUCAGCUAUGCAGGCUGGUCAGUGGGAACUGGCCCUGGACCUUUAUAGUGCUGCCAAAAGCACCUGGCAAGAGCUGAGGAAAAGCCAUGACCUGAGGCACCAGGAAGAGCUGCCCGUGUUCCUGCGCAGCUUCACUACAGGAUGGGCUUACACCCGAAUUUUAUCCAGAGGAGUGGAGAUUUUGCAGAGGCUACGUCGCUAUGAGGAGGCAGUAGAAGAGCUGCAGUCCUUACUACAACAGUCUAUUUACUGUCCUGACAGCCGUGGCCGAUGGUGGGACAGACUGGCUCUGAACCUUCACCAGCACCUCAAAAAACCUGAGCAAGCCAUUUGUGCUAUCAGAGAUGGGAUGUCAGACACUCAGGUGCGCACAGGGCAUAAACUCUCCCUCUAUCAGAGGGCUGUUAGGAUGAAAGAGUCUGCCAGUUGUAAGAAGUACCGCCUACAACUCAGAGAACUUCCCACUGUCCAAGUCCAAGAUGUCAAUCAUGUGACUAUUCGAGGACAGCUGUUUCCUCAUGAGGGCGGCAUGGGGAAAUCAAAGUUUCUUUUACAAAAACAUGAAGAUGGGGAAGAGUCUGCUCAUGCCACUGUAAUAUGCUCUGUGGAAGAAUUAGCUUUAGCACAUUACCAGCAACAAGGUUUUGACCAAGGGAUCCAUGGAGAAGGCUCAACAUUCUCAACCUUGUUUGGUCUUUUUAUGUGGGAUAUCAUUUUUAUGGAGGGUAUUUCAGAUGUCUUCCGAAAUCCAUACCAGACGUGCCCGUUGGAUCUCUACACAGACUGUUUCUAUGAGAAUAGAAAGGAAGCGAUUGCAUCUCGUAUUCAGUUACUUGGGGAAGCUUCUAUACAAACUCUGUGUGACAUGUUGGAAGAUAUCUGGAACUCCCAGGAGAGUAAAGUGUGCUCACUGGUCAGCUGGGAACGUUUCUCAUCCCUUCAACAGGCGCAGUCUCUUGUUGCAUGCUUGGGUGGAACCUUCUUAGCUGCAAUAAUAGACCGAAUGGGAAAAGACUACAGACACUGCCGUGGAGGUUUGCCUGAUCUCGUGGUGUGGAAUACCUCCAACAACACUUACAAGCUGGUGGAAGUGAAGGGGCCCAAUGACCGACUGUCCCACAAACAGCAGAUCUGGCUGGAUGAGCUGCAGAAACUAGGGGCUGAUGUGGAGGUGUGUCAUGUGACAGCUGUUGGAGCCAGAGGCGCUCGUCUGGAGUAGGAAGACAAAGAAAUGUCUGAUGAUCAACAAAGACUCAUUAAUCAGCCGGAAUUGAAGCAUUACAAACAUAAUGAGAAAGCCUCCUGGAGAAAAGAAUCUCAAUCAGAUAAGUUUGGUACAGACCACAUCUGCAGAUUAUUUAUAAUAGCUUAAAAAUGGUAAAAAUCUUAAUCUCAGAAAUUUAAAUAAACUUCCAUCCAUCUAAAAUGUCAUCAUAUUUGAAUAUGGGGAAUCAUUGAUGCCCUUGGAUAUAGAAAGACAUACAAUAUGAGAUAAAGAUCAGAGUUUGCUUACAGACAGUAGGAGUUAAUGCAUGAAAGAUAAUUUUCCAACCACAAAACAAAGUUAAUGGUGUUUCUUUUUCCUUUGUAACACAAUAUUAACAGGAUUUUGGGUUACCAAGCAACAAAAGCUCACAUUUAUUUGAAUGUGUAUGACUUGCAUUACGGGUCUAUGAGUCUGUUAUGCAACCAAUUAGUGUGGUAAUGGGCUUAUAAAUGUGCAGUUUUACAACUAUCCAUCAAUGUGUUAAAAACAACUGGUACCAAUAAAGAUACCAUAGAGCUGCUAUUAAAGGUCAUUUUUAUUUUCAGUGAUGGAUCUCCAGUGUAUUCUCUAUGUUGGAUAAUAAGUUGAAUUAUUAAAAUAAAUAAAGGAUGAAAGUAGACCCUGAACCGUACAAAUCUAAAACGCUUGUGACUAAUUUUCUCUGGUAAAAAGGCAUUUUACCUCCAGCUCAGUUUCAUAGGCUAAUUACAACUGAUCAGCUCAUUUUUGUGUGUUUGUGCGUGUGGGAAGGAUAUGAUUAAACUAUAAAAACAAGGUAAAUCAGAAUUCAUAGAGUCCAAAUCAACAGUAUUUGAUUUUAUAAGUGACUUUACUACAAAUAACACUACAUAUUAUCAGAAGUAGCCUGUUGAGAAAGAUGGAAGUAGUGAAUGAUGGAUCAGUUACAUUUUACAAUGUGUUAAUAAAUAUGUGGUAAUCUGAAUAUUAAACGUUCAUU